AUGGGUUGGAAGAUUCCUGAUAAAGAGACUGACAUUCCCUCCGAUAGAAUGACGCCCAAUUACGGGAUCACUGUGAAAUAUUCUUUAUGCCACAAGGAGAACCACAAUAUGAGAGGGUGCCCACUGAAAAAGCUCAACCAUUCAUCUCAACAGGAGCAGGUAGCUACAAUUGAGGCAACAAAUAAUGAGCAGGAAAAAAGGAGAAAUAUAUCUGAUGGGGAAAAUGUACAAUCUCAAGAGUCUUUCAUACUUCAGAGUCAUGGUACACAAGUCUCACAUUCCCGGAGUAGUAAUAUUCCUAUAUCAAGCAGUGGGACUAUGAAAACUCUUGGAUUAAACAAGCAAAAAUUCCAGGUGAAAAGGCUUGUUCCUGAAAAAAUGAAAAACCAGAAGAAGACAUUAUGGAGGCCACCUGGGAGUUGA